AUGGGCAACCUCCGACCCAGUGUGGCGGAAAAUACGCCUCCUAUCUCGCCUCCCAAUGGCGUCGAUGGCCUUCCAGGCUUCUCGACCCCUCUCUUCCCAGCCAAGCCCAAUAUCCUUUUCGUUAUGGCGGAUCAGCUUGCAGCACCACUCCUCAAGAUGCACAACCCCAAGUCUCAGAUCAAGACCCCCAACCUCGACAAGCUGGCCGCUCAGUCGGUUGUGUUCGAUUCGGCCUACUGCAACUCGCCCCUAUGCGCACCCUCUCGCAUGUGUCUGAUCACCGGUCAGCUACCCUCCAAGAUUGCUGCCUACGACAAUGCCUGCUCCAUUGGGUCCGAUGUGCCCACCUAUGCCCAUUAUCUUCGAGCUGCCGGGUACGAAACUACUUUGGCUGGCAAGAUGCACUUCAUUGGCGAUCAGUUGCAUGGCUAUGAGAACCGGCUGACGGCUGACAUCUAUCCUGGAGACUACGGCUGGGCGGUCAACUGGGAUGACCCAGGCCGCAGGUUGGAAUGGUACCACAACAGCAGCUCCAUCUACCAGGCCGGACCCUGUGUGCGCACCAACCAGCUGGAUUACGAUGAGGAGGUCUUGUACAAGUCCAAGCAAUAUCUGUACGACUAUGCUCGCGAAGCUGAUGGCAAACGGCCAUUUUGCUUGACCGUCUCCUUCACCCAUCCCCACGAUCCAUACGCCAUUGAGGAAAAGUACUGGGAUAUGUACGAGGUUGUGGACAUUGACCUACCGGAAGUGCAUAUCAACGAUGAGGACCAAGAUCCUCACAGUGCGCGACUGCAGUACGUCACGGAGCUCCGCGGCCACAAAUUCACUCCAGAGCAGAUUAAGCGUGCGCGCCGAGCCUACUACGGCGCAGUGAGCUACAUCGAUCACAACAUCGGCGAGCUGCUUGACGUGCUCAAGAAGACAGGUCUGGCCGAUGACACCAUCAUCAUGUUUUCGGGUGACCAUGGCGACAUGCUCGGAGAGCGUGGACUGUGGUACAAGAUGUCGUACUUUGAGAACUCGGUUCGCGUGCCCAUGCUCAUCUCGCAUCCCAAGCAGUUCAAGCCGCAUCGUGUCUCGCAGAGUGUGUCAACACUUGACCUGAUGCCCACCCUGGUCGAUCUCGUCGGGAGCAAACUGGUGCCCGGGCUGCCAAUGGAUGGCCAGUCCGUCAUGCCGCACCUCUACGGUUCCGGUGGCCACGACAACGUCUUUGCCGAGUACAUGGGCGAGGGGACUAUUGCUCCACUCAUGAUGAUUCGACGAGGGCCAUGGAAGUACGUGACCUGCCCAUCUGACCCACCUCAGCUUUUCAACUUGAUCCAAGAUCCUCAUGAAAUGGUGAACCUCGCCACCAGCACCGACCCAGACACUCUGAAAGUGUUCAAGUCUCUCGAAGCCGAGGCCAACGCCAAAUGGGACUUUGGCACCAUCACCGACAAUGUCCUGGUAUGCCAACGUCAGCGUCGUCUUGUAUGGUCUGCCCUUCAGCAGGGUCGCUUCGAGAGCUGGGACUGGAAAGGUGAUAGCCGUGACGAUGGGAGGCUCAAGUACAUUCGUUCUCAGAUCCCACUGGAUACAUUGGAGCGCAAAGCCCGUUACCCGCCGGCUGCCAUUCCGGGACCCAAGACCGUUCACCAGUACAACGAGCCGGAGAUUCCAGCAUACUUACGAGCCAAGAAGCUGAAGGAGGAGUUGGCCAUGCGCCCAGCCGUCGGCAGCAUUGACCACAACCCUCAAGCAUUUUACUGA